CAUACCUCCAGGACGCAUGCCGACAGCUCCGCUGCCAGCACCGCCUAUUUCUGUAGUCCCUCCUACACCGGCUGAUCUUUCUUAUAUUGAUCCAGCCUUUCUUAGGCCUACAGCUGCAUCUACGGCAGCAUCUACGGCAGCGCAUACAGCAGCGCAUACAGCAGCGCAUACAGCAGCGCAUACAGCAGCGCAUACAGCAACACCUGCAGCUAAGAAGCGCGGCCGGCCGCCUGGUGCAAAGGAUAAGGUACCACGGAAAAAGGCAGGAGCUCGGAGGCAAGACACACGUCUAGAAGGGUCUCAGCGUCCAGCAGGUGUCGAGGGGGGCACUGCUGAGUUAUCAAGCCGGCCGCCAGGCCGUAGGAACGUUGUGGCGCCUGCAGAGUAUAACUAUAAGGAGGAGGCUAAGGAGUAUAUGGAUUAGUAUAUAGAGUAGGUGCAGGUGGUGAUGCAGGGGGGCCAGGCUCAAUGCAAAGGAGCCGUAAUAAGGUGAGGUUUUAACAGGUUUAGCAUGCUUGUAGGCAUAUAGGCACUUCUAGAAUAGAACUUCUAUUCUAUACUUAGACUUAGGCUUGUACAUAAGGCUAUACAAAUCGGCAUACAUUUUUUCCGAUUCGUGUAGCUAUAUAUAUAGCCGUACGUAAGGCCGUACGGCCUCGCGUAUAGCAUCACGUGUAGAUAGACGUAUAGGUGAAUGCCCGGAGGAAGCUCC